AUGGAAGCUUGCUGGUCAAUCUGGGGUAGCUGCCCUUGGUUUGAUUUCCAGGAUUCAUGGGGCGGGUGGCCUGAUAAGGGGAGGAAUAUGGUUGGGCUUCUGAGAUUGGGAGGAGCUGCUGAUUCAUUGAAUCUGAUCCAGCACAUGACCUACCCUUGUGUACUUGGCUCACUAAACGUGCGACUAAUUGGGUGUUCACAGACGACAUGUCUUUCUAAGCGCCCGACCGGCGGCCUGAUCAAUACACACACUCAAUAG